AUGGCUCCCGAACCACUCUCAGCAGCUGGGCAAAAUCUUAUCGAUACUGCCACAUCAGUCAUCAACGGCAUUCCAGUCUCUGACUUCUACAGUGUGGCAAGCGCCGCUAUUUCUGACGACGGCCGUGUCUUCUCCGGCGUCAAUGUCUACCAUUUCAACGGCGGUCCGUGCGCAGAACUUGUUGUUCUCGGGGUGGCGGCGGCUGCUGGAGCCACGAAGUUAACUCACAUCGUGGCCAUUGCCAAUGAAGGGAGGGGGAUUCUGAGUCCGUGCGGAAGAUGUCGACAAGUACUAGCCGAUUUGCACCCUGGGAUUAAGGCUAUUGUGAUAGGUAAAGAAGGGCCGAAGAUGGUGGCUGUGGAAGAGUUGCUGCCUUCUAUAUAUGCUUGGGACAAGGACUAUGACCGUAUCUAA